AUGAGAGUGUACAGCUGCCAUUUCUGCUCGUCUCCGGUAUACCCAGGCCAUGGGAUCAUGUUUGUGAGAAACGAUGCUAAAGAGUUCCGGUUUUGCAGGUCCAAGUGCCACAAGAACUUCAAGCAACGUAGAAAUCCAAGAAAACUUCGCUGGACCAAGGCGUUCAGAAAGGCUGCCGGUAAGGAGCUGGCCGUGGACAGCACGCUGGCAUUCGCACAGCGUAGAAACGUUCCCGUUCGUUACAACCGUGAGCUGGUGGCCACAACGCUGAGAGCCAUGGCCAGAGUCGAGGAGAUCAGACAGAAGAGAGAACGUGCAUUCUACAAGAACCGUAUGCGUGGUAACAAGGAACGCGAUUUCCUCAGAGACAAGAAGCUGGUGGAGUCCAACCCAGAACUGCUCAGAAUGAGAGACGUGGAGCUGGCACGCGCAGAGGCCAAACAAGCCGAGGCCGACGAAGGCGAGGAAAGCGAAGAAAUGGACGUCGACAGCGAGGAGGAAGAAGAAGAAGACGCUGAAGAAGAAGAAGAGACCCAGAAACAGAAAAUCCUGCUUACCAACAAGCGCAAGAACAAGAAGAUCGCUUUCUGA